GUUUGUGUGACCAAAAACAGAAGGUUCCUGCAGGCCCACACAAAGCUGAAGCUGAUGAGGGGAGAGAAGAGUGGAUGCUCUGAAGAUGUUAAAGAGAUGGUGUUGCUUCUGCUGAGUUACUUCGAUGAAAAUGAAGACGCAAUGUUCUGCUACGUGGAGGACAGAUGUUUGGCACGAGAAGUACAGGUGGACCAAGUCAACUUGACACACACCAUCAAUGUGUGUGGACAGUCCUGCUUUGCUGCCAGACGGUUUAUGUUGAGUUUGGAUCGGAACAUUGUUCACGACAACAUCCCCUCCUUCAUUUCUGCCCUUUGCAUGAUGUUUGGGAGCUAUUAUUGCUUCAACAUUCACUACCCAUCAGGCCUUGCAUCAACUCUGGAAUGUCUUCAGAGGUGCUUCUUUGGAAUCAACCAAGAGAAAGGCACUAAAGUUGAAAAGACCCGCACAUCCCGUCUUCACGUUAAUCCCAGAGUCCUCACGUUAAUCCUUUUUUUUUAAAUCUUUUAAUUUUUAUUUUUUUACAUAAAAACAAAUCAGAAAAUCUUUAUUUUAGUUUUUUGGGAAAGCAUGGUAACAUUUUUUUUUCAUUAUUCAGUAAAUAUGUGAAAUUCAUUUGGGUGAGUCUUGUUUUGCUUGUAAAACAGUGACAUGUUCUAAUGCAAAGUCAUUAAAAAUGCUUAAAGAAAAAAAAA